AUGGACUUCCACGACCCCUUCUCCGGCCAACACCACCAUAAUUACCACACCACCCUCUUCAACCCACCUGACCCCAGCGCCAAUAACGACUUCACCUACGACUUCAAAGUCCGCGGAACCGAUCGGCACCACCGCCGUGGACACCAGAUUCGUCACCACGAGGAUCCUGCAUAUCGCACCGUGCCGAAGAUUCAUCGUGUUGAUCCCCGUGGGAAGAAGGAGGAGGGUGGCGAGGCGGCGGAUCCCGUACAUGAUAUUGUGCUGGGCCCGACGGAUACUUUAUUUCCCAGGAUCGACGGAUCCCAAAACAGCAAGGAAAAGCAGCACGCUCAAGACAGAAAGAUGACAAACGGUAUCACGAUGGCUAUGGACUCUGCCAUCACAGAUAAGGCGGGAAAAGAAAAAACCAAGAACCAGGAUGGCCAGGAGGGUAAGCAGGAUAAGAUAUACGUCCGAGGAAUGGGAAACGAUGAAGUUGCGAAUGAUGGUGUUGGACAGAACAGCAACGACAAGACGCAGCGACAAGAGAUAGAGGAAGAUACGGAAGAUCUACAGAAACGGCAGGAUCAAGCGACAGAGCGCCAGAGACUGGAUGAUGAAAUAACAGAGAUAAAAAGAAUGCCGACAGAUCCUGCGAAAAAUUCGAAAUCCAAGGCAGAAACAACGUCUAAGGUGAACGUGACGACGAAGGAGGUGCCAGAGACGAAGGAGGCGGAGGAAACCAAGGAGACCACGAAGGCAAAGUCGAAGCCCAGGAUUAUGAUGACGCGGAUCAAGGCAAGGUUCAUGAAGACGGUAGAGGAGCUGAGGAAGUGA